GAACUUGGAAAAGCCUUGUCCUUUUGAUGGACUCUCCAAGGUCUCUCUUCCUCUCUCUUCUCCUCUUUUCCUCUUCUCCUCUACUAGACCAAAUCUUCAUUUUACUAUUCGUUUUGGGUGACUGAUUUCUCUCUUUUGUUAUGCUGCAAAAGUGAGUGAGGAAAGAUAUAGAGGAGGGACAAUCUCAAUCUUCAAAAAUAAAGAGGAGUUCAUAAGAGAAACUUAGGCAUGAAUUGCGUUACAGAGCUUGAACCAGAUUAUUCUGAGUUUGUUGAAGUUGAUCCUACCGGUAGAUAUGGAAGGUACAAUGAAAUUCUUGGCAAAGGAGCUUCCAAGACAGUAUACAAAGCCUUCGAUGAGUAUGAAGGGAUUGAAGUAGCCUGGAACCAGGUGAAGCUUAAUGAUUUCCUGCAGAGUCCUGAAGAGCUGGAGAGGCUGUACUGUGAAAUUCAUCUGCUCAAGACCUUGAAACACAACAACAUAAUGAAAUUCUACACUUCCUGGGUUGAUCCUGCAAACAGGAACAUUAAUUUUGUGACAGAGAUGUUCACCUCCGGUACUCUUAGACAGUAUAGGCUAAAACACAGGAGAGUUAACAUCAGAGCUGUGAAGCAUUGGUGCAGGCAGAUCUUAAGGGGGCUGCUCUACCUCCACAACCAUAAACCCCCUGUUAUCCACAGAGAUCUCAAGUGUGACAACAUUUUUGUCAAUGGCAACCAAGGGGAAGUCAAGAUUGGUGAUCUGGGGCUGGCUGCAAUUCUUCGGAAAUCCCAUGCAGCUCACUGUGUUGGUAAGUUUGUAAUUGUUUUUUUUUCCUUCUCGACUUUUUCCCUCUCAGGAACACCAGAGUUCAUGGCCCCAGAAGUGUAUGAAGAGGAGUACAAUGAAUUAGUUGACAUCUAUUCUUUUGGAAUGUGCAUCUUGGAAAUGGUUACCUUUGAAUAUCCAUACAGUGAAUGCACCCACCCCGCUCAGAUCUACAAGAAAGUUAUCUCCGGUAAAAAACCAGAUGCCCUUUACAAAGUGAAGGAUCCUGAGGUGCGGCAAUUUGUCGAAAAAUGCUUAGCCACGGUGACUCUUAGGCUUUCUGCCAGGGAGCUUCUGAAGGACCCUUUUCUCCAAAGUGAUGACUAUGGGUCUGAUUUGAGGCCAAUAGAGUACCAGAGAGAUUUGGGUGAAGUUGGCCCUCUCCCGAGACUACCUCACUAUGGCAUUCAUCAUAGUUACAGCUCUUUGAUGAACGAGUAUUCGGGCUAUCCCGACUUUGAACCAGAGAAUGGCUUAGAUUGCCACCCAGUUGAGUUUGAAAGAAAUGAAAUUGAUCUCUUCACUUAUCAAGAGGAUGAGGAUUUGGAAAAUGUUGAUAUCUCCAUCGAAGGGAGAAAGAGAGAUGAUCAUGGAAUCUUUCUAAGGCUCAGAAUUUCAGAUAAAGAAGGUCGGGUUCGGAACAUUUACUUCCCUUUUGAUAUGGAGACUGACACAGCACUGAGUGUUGCAAUGGAAAUGGUUUCUGAGCUGGAUAUUACCGACCAAGAUGUGACUAAGAUAGCAGAUAUGAUAGAUGAUGAGAUUGCUAGCCUGGUACCGGGUUGGAAGAUGGGGCUUGGCAUAGAGGAGAGCCAGAAUUAUGGCCAUGGUGCAAGUUUCUGUCACCAUUGUGCUUCAAACGGUUCCCCUUUAGAUUACGUGUCACCAAAUAACCCGGGCACCAAAAAUUUGCAAGUUCUUCAAUGUUCAAGACAGGGAUGUGCUGCUGUGCAUGGCCGCUUUGAAGAGAUCACUUACCGAGUUGAAGGGUCUGAACAAUGUGUUACAGAAGGUGCCCCAGUUGUUUCUAGCCAAUCUGAUGGAAUGCAGUAUGCUGAUAUUUGGGCUCAACGAGAGGGACCUGAAUUAAGUUCAGAGGGGUCCAGGGAGAUCCAAUCUGAUGAAGAGCAUGAAUCAUUAGACAAAUCAAUCUAUGGAAAGGAUGAGAGAGUCAUAAAUAUCGAUAACCAAAGUGAAUCCAAUGCAAGGAACUCUUUUGCUCCCCUGGACGAUUAUGAGAAUGAGAUCAGGCAGGAAUUGAGAUGGCUGAAAGCAAAGUACCAAAUGCAGCUGAGGGAGCUUAGAGAUCAACAGUUAGGAGCCAAACCAAAAUGGCUGAGUCUAACCCCAAAUUCAGAUAGCAUGGAACACAGUAGAGAUAACAAGGUUUCACCUUCUUCACUCUCAACCCCACUGGAGGGAGAGGACAAUGAUCCUCCCUUGAAAUCUUUUCCCUGUGGGAAGCAUUUUAACUCAUUUUUUCCUGUUGAUACUGAAAAGGGAUGUGCCAAUUUAGCAUAUCGAAGGCCCCAUAAUCGUGAGCCAGUGAGCGAAUCCUGCAGCCCUGAGGACAUGGUAACUGCCAAGAGUUUCUUUACAGGGACUUUGCUACCACAAUCUCUUCACAGGGCAACUUCUCUUCCAGUUGAUGCUGUAGACUUUUGAAGCCUGCAAGGUUCUCUACGAAUCUUUAACCAAGUUUUCACCACACCGCCAAACUUAUUAACAGGCUGCCUCUCUUUAUUGAUUGGAGAACUGUAGGUGAGGGGAAAUAUUAUUUGUACUGAGCAAUAUGAAGCCCUCCAAGCGGGAUCACUUGGGUUGAAAUGAGUUUCAUGUAAAUUACCCACUAACUUCAAUGUCAACAAGGGCACCCCACAAUCCAAUAUCAUCUCCCAAAACAAGGGAGAAUCUCUUUAUCUUCAUUGGAUGCCUUUGUGGGAGAGAGGUAACCCAUUAAAGAAUUGCAUAUGCCUGUAGUUUACUACAAUAUGUCAGUAAAGACUGGCUAAUAAAAAGUUUUUGAGAGCAUUUACCAA